AUGGAGCGCUCCCCCAGUUCUGAUGCUCUGACAGUCACUGCUGAAGAAGUUUCUGGAACCAAUGACUAUGUGGAGCUCACCUUCAGCGCUCAGAAACUGGAUGACAAGGAUCUGUUCAGUAAAUCCGAUCCCUUCAUGGAGAUUUACAAAGUGGAUCAGGAUGGGACCGAGCAGAUGGUUCGAAGGACUGAGGUGGUGAAAAACAAUCUGAACCCCCAAUGGGAAGCGUUCCGGCUCUCACUGCAAACUCUCUGCAGCUGUGAUUACCAGAAAACACUGAAGUUCACAGUCUGGGACCAUGAUUCCAAUGGGAAACACGAUUACAUCGGAGAAUUUUAUACUACCUUCAGCGAAAUGCAGAAUACAACAUCAGGAACACUGCUCACUUGGCCCUGCAUCAAUCCGAAAUAUAAGGCAAAGAAACGACACUACAAGAACUCGGGGACAGUGACUCUGCGAGAGUGUAAGGUGGAGAAAAUUCACUCCUUCCUCGAUUACAUCAUGGGUGGCUGUCAGAUUCACUUCACCGUUGCCAUUGACUUCACGGCAUCAAACGGGGAUCCCAGGAACAGUCAGUCGCUGCACUUUAUCAACCACAGCCAACCGAAUGAAUACCUGAAGGCCCUGACAGCAGUGGGAGAGAUUUGCCAGGACUAUGACAGUGAUAAAAGAUUCCCGGCGUAUGGAUUUGGAGCCCGGGUGCCUCCAGAUUAUGAGGUGAGACAAGUGUUCGGGGUGGUUUAUAUAUAGAAUAAAGAUAACCGGGAGUGUCCAGGGAUCAAAGGCCUCAUCUCCGCCUACCAGAAAUGCCUGCCCAAAAUCAAACUGUACGGCCCCACCAACGUCUCUCCCAUUAUCUCGCGAGUCAGCAGACUGGCCGAGGAGGAAAUGCGGACUAGGAUCGCGUCGAAGUACUACAUCCUCCUGAUCCUGACCGAUGGGGUGGUGACGGACAUCGGCGAGACCCGCGACGCCAUUGUGGAAGCCUCUCGCCUGCCCAUGUCGGUCAUCGUCGUCGGGGUGGGCAACGCGGACUUCACCGACAUGCGGACGCUGGACAGCGACGAUGGGAUCUUGCUCUCCACCCACGGGCAGUGCGCCGCCCGCGACAUCGUGCAGUUCGUCCCCUUCCGGGACUUCAAGAAGGCCCCAGCGUCUGCGUUGGCUAAGUGCGUGCUGGCUGAGGUACCCAAGCAAGUGGUGGAGUUCUACGCCAGCCAGGGUGUUGGUCCUGAGCCCCACAAGCAGAGCGACGCACCCGAGGGGAGAGGCGCCGGAGGAGGAGGAGGAGGAGGAGACGGGGAGGAGAGCGGCGGUGGUGCUGGAGAUGGAGGCUCUGCCUGAGGGGUCAUCGCGGAUGUCCGACUUUUCCCCGAUGGCCAACUACGCCCCCCAUCACCCCACAUCACCUCCCCUACCCCACCCCUGUGCCCGCAGAUGCCAAGGAAGAUGCCGACCUCGCCGACCCCGACGAUCCCCCCUCCUGUGUUCCCAACACCCCCCUCUGCUUGCGAUAGGCCCGAGAAGCGGCCAACAAG